AAAUUAAGUUCUUGAAUGAUAGCAGAUAUAACUAUUCUGAAAAUUGAAGUAGAAAACUAUCUUUCAAUCGUUUAUCUGCAACCUUUUGCUGUAAACUUUAUUUUUUUAUUUUGUUUGGUUGCGUGAUUGGUCGCAUAUUGUGAGGUUUACGACAUAAUGUAGGUUAAAUCAAUAUUAGUUCGUGUUAGUACUUCUUUUAAAUCAUGGCUGAUUCCAUCGAGUUGCGUAUGAGUGUAACUUCUAUAAAGAGAGUGGAUCCAUAUGUAAAAGAUAUUCUGGCAAGUGCUACACACGUUGCUUUAUAUAUUUUUAAUACAUCUUCUAACGAGUGGGAAAAAACAGAAACCGAAGGUGCUUUAUUUAUAUACAGCCGAAAUGGAGAACCAUUCCACAGUAUUAUGGUUAUGAAUAGGUUAAAUACUGACAAUCUCAUAGAACCUAUUGUUAGGGAUUUCGAUUAUCAGAUGCAAAUUCCUUUUUUGCUGUACAGGAAUUCCAAAAGUAAAAUAUUCGGUAUUUGGUUUUAUAAUAGAGAAGAGUGUAUUAAAAUUACGUUACUGAUUGAAUCUAUAAUGAAAAGUUUGAAAGACUCUAGUGACGACAGGUCAAAAAAGCCUUCAAAUGUAGACAUAUUUAGUAUGUUGAGUAAAGCUCAAGAAGAUUUUAAUAGGACUCCUACUAAACAAGAUGCUGUUCCAACGUUUUCUUCAACUCCUAGGGCACCAGAUGUUACUUCACAAAGUGUGAUGGAUUUUUUUGCAAAAGCUAGUACGAAAUCGAGCCAAAAACCUGUAGUAGCAGGAAUUCCUGAAGAAAAUGUUCUACAGAAAUUAAUGUCAAAUCCUGCACAUUCUGUUGAACACAUAGAAAAGCAACAACGAUCUAUAACGCCCCAAGAAAAUGUUGCUGCUCAGCAAACUAUUAUAGUAGCUAGUGGAGAUAGAAGGAGUGUUCCAAUAUCUUUUCCGACUUCUGAUAAAAAAGGAGUUUCUGAUAAUAAUUUUAGGUUUAGCAAUGCCACCAAAAAUCAAUCUUUGGCACAUAGUACUUCACCUCUUGCUUAUUUAUUACAACAAAAUAAUUUAGGACAAAAUGAGGAAACUCAAGAUUUAUUAGGAACAUCGCCAUUUAAUCAAUUUGUAGAUUCAAAACUUCACCUGAUGACGCCAAAGAUGUUUACAACUCCUAAAACCAAAGAAACUUUGGACAAUUUAUCUGUAGAGGUAGAUCAUGUAGAUUUGCUAACUGAAAAACAAUUAGCGCAGGCCCUUAUAUAUCUUUUAAAAAAUAAUUCGGACUUUACGAAACAAAUACACGAAGCUUAUGUUAAAUCGAUUAUGGAGAAGGUUAAUCUCAAUUCGAAGUCAUUUUCUUAAAAUAAAUUUUUAGUAUUCAAACAUAAAGUUGACAUAGGUAAGUGAUGUUUUUUUUAAAUUAGUUAGAAGAGGGUUUUUUGUUGGAAAUCAAUAAGACUUUUUAGCAGUGAAAAAAAUUUUGAAUAAAUUGAUAUAAUGCUGCAAAAUAAUGAAAAAAUCACCCUAAUUAUAAAUUAGAAUCAGUAUUUACUAAUAUUAGGUGUCUUUUAUUAUUAAAUUUAUUAUUGUUGUGCUACAAAUAUGAUUCUUGAAGGUAUUAAAAAUUUUGGAAAAAACAUUCACGUUCCGUUUUGUCAACUUUAUAUAUAUUUAUCAUAUUUUUUCGAUUACUUUCCAAAUUCAUCUUCAUUUGGGGAGGUUUUAUAAUAUAAAUUAAGACAAAACUGUUGGCACUAGAAAACUUAUAAUCAUGCAGCUUUUUGAGAAAUUUUUUUAUUCCAACCAUGAGUUAAAUUAAAUAUUUUUACAAGUCUUGUAUUGCCAACUAUAAUGACUGAGUAUUUAUUAAAAUUUUGGUUUUGUCUUUUGAAAAUACUUUACAAGCAGCCGGUAUUUAAAUAAAUUGAUGGUUGUUAAAUUGUUUUGAAUAUACUGACAGAUUUUAUAGAUGUAAUUGAUAUUUAUAUAUAAUAUACUGAAGUUAUUUUGGAAUAAAACCUGAAAAUUGUAAGUUACUCUGUAA